AGGACAGCUGAUUGUGACAGCCUUUGUGCCAGAAGAAGAGCCUUUUAUAGAAACACGUGUCCAGAAACGAUAGGGAUUCUCACUGUUCAAAGGAGGAAAUAUGUGCUCAUUUUCCGAGCCCUUCUGCUCCAAAGUUCAGGAGCGUGGAGUCCGUGGCACAGGGCAUUAUGUUUUAAUUUUACUGGAGGCACUGGAAAUGGUUAUCCGUAAGAAAAAUCGUAAGGAAUAGAUGCUGACAGUACAGAUUUGCUCAGAAGAAAGCGUGACAUGGGGAAAGCAUGUUUGCUGCCCACUGUGUGCCAGCAGAACGUCAUGUACGAGAGAGGAAAAAGAUACUGGAAGAAGCAGUUCGUGCUGCUUGAAGGCUCGGGAGCAGUUCUUUCACAGACUUUGCAAGGAUGUUCAUCGGGAAUAAUGGAGGCCUGCUGUACAACACCAGAAGGGCAGUGGUAGGGUCAAGGUAGCCGAGCAGUGCCAUCGUUCCUAUUGAAACAUGCAGUUUUGUUGGCACGAGAAUUGCAGCUGUGAUGUAGGAGUGCUUUUCAUAGUCACAACCCUCCAGGCCUUCAUGAGGAAGAUGGGAGCUGGGACAGCACGUGUUUAUGAUCAAAAUUUAAGAUGAGUCUUGACAUAUCUACUGAAAAACGGCACAGGUUGGACCUCAGAGCAGAACAAAGCCUACAGGCUGGAGCAUUCACAGGGAUGCAAGCGCAAUUAACACUUCUCUGGCUGAUGACAGUGUGAGUUUGAGACAGCAGCGAUCCUAAUUCAUGCCCGGAUCUUCACUGUGAGUACGCUGCGCCUUGCCGAGCAGCAGCAGCCUUCAGCCGAGGGAAGUGAUGGAAGCGGACCGCACAGCCCCGCACCGCCUGAACCACAGAACGCCUCCUGCAGGAGCCCCACGGCUCUCGCGCCGCCCCCUGCUGGUGGAAGGCGGUACUGCAUGCGCCGGAGCUGAUGUCCGUACGCGUGCGUAGCAGCGCCUGGAGGACUUAGUACCAUAGAGCUUGGCGGACUGUCGGUGCAGAGCGGUAACAGAAGGGAGAGGCUUCUUCCGCAUCUGGGAGCGCAUGUGUAUUGCUGCCUGGAAGAUUUAUCGCUAUAGACAGAUUUAUGGCAGAGCAAAAACCUGGAAGUAGUGAUUUUCCUUCCGUCUGGCAGCACUGCUUCUAAGUGCUCUUGGUCAGCAACGGGAAAAGAGAGUUAUGGUCAGUGCUCCCCAUCAGAAACGCUGCCCUGAGCAGCACUGGAGGAUCACAGAAUCAUAGAAUGGUUGGGGUCGGAAAGGACCCCCGAAGGCCGUCUGUUCCCACUGCCUGUAGUGCACAGAGACACCCACAGCUCCAGCAGUGCUCGCAGCCCCGUCCCUGGCCAUGGCUGUCUACAAGAAUGGAGCACCACCACCUCUCUGGGCAUCCUGUGCAGUGCCUCACCACUCUCACUGUAAACAACUUCCUUAUACCCAACCUAAAUCUCCCCUCUUUUAGUUUGAAACCAUCUCUCCUUGACCUAUCACACAGAUCUUGCUGACGAAUCUGUCCCUUCUUUCUUACAGCCCCUUUAGAUACUGAAGGGCCGCUCACAGCUCUCCCUGCAGCCUUCUCUCCAGGCUGCACAGCUUCAUAGCCCUUCUCUCAGCCUCUCCUGGUACAGGAGGUGUUCCAUCCCUUCGGUCAGUUUUGUGACCCUCGUCUGGACACACUCCAACAAGGUGCUAUGGACCUGUGCUUCCUCCCAAGGGCACAAGAAGGGAUGUGGUGCAGUAAUGCCCUACUGGGAGCCGCAGCAUCAGCUAGAAGGGCUUCUCCAGCUCCUCACACUUUGCUCCCUCUCUGUUGGUCACCCAGCUCAGCUCAGCAAGGUGGUUGGGAUGGGGAUGUGUGUACAGCCAGGCGCCGGGGCACUGGAGCAGAACGAAAGGCGCUUGAUCCCCACGUCCAGGCAAGGGGCGGUGCGGUGCAGCCCGGCCCCUCGGGGGACAGCCGGGCACUGCGGCAGCAUGCAGGGGCUGCUGCUGUGCGGGGGGUGGCUGCUGGCCGCUGGCUACGUGCUGGGUGGCUGCCGGCACCGCUGCUGCCCAGGCAGGAACAACGCCUGCUGGGCCACCGGUGCACGCCGCACUCGCUGCUAUUGCGAUUCGUACUGUGAGAGGACGGGUGACUGCUGCCAGGACUACCAGGCUGCGUGCCGCCGUGCCGCAGUGGGCUGUGCAGUGGGGCCGUGGGGGCCCUGGAGCAGCUGCAGCUCCCCAUGCGGGGUGGGCAGCAAAGACCGCAGCCGCCAGGUCACCGUGCCCCCCCGGCACGGCGGGGAGCCCUGCCCCGACCUCAAGCAGCGCCGUGGGUGCCUGGGGGAUGACCCGGCCUGUGGGGCUGCCAAAGGGGUGGCCAAACUGCUCCCCGAUUCCUUCAGCCCAGACAUCAGGGAUCCCUGGCGCAGAACUGGGAUGCAGCAGUCGGAGGAGUCAUCCAGCUCCCACCUCCCCAUCUCCUGCAGCUUUUUCCGCCUGACUCAGGUGGCAGCUGCCUGUCGUGGGCAGCCCUGGAGCCGCCGGCUACAGCGGGACAAACGGGUGUGCGUCGAGUGCUGGGGGGACAAAGCCCAUGGACAUCCCCAGUGUGAUGGAUACGGGGUGCAAGGAGCCAGGACGUUUUGGGUGGCCACCUCCAUAGCAGGGUGCCAGGGCUCGUGGGUGCAGGAGGCUCUGCAGAAGAGCUGCACCUGUCCCCCCCCAGCAUUCAUCUUUGUGUAGGUGAGCAGAGCCCAACUCCUCUAAGGGCAUCUCGGCUGCUUGGUGUGGUGUGAGGAGCGCAAUUAAAGCUGGCACGGAAAGCAAGGCAUGGCUAUGGCAAUGCUGUUCAGGGCUGAGUGCACUCAGGUUGGGUAUUAAGAAAAAUUCUUCUCUGAAAGAGCAGCAAAGCAUUGGAACAGGCAGGGAAGUGGUGGUGUCACCAUCCAUGGAGGUGUGACGCUUUGGGAUGGUUUAUUGGGCAUGGUAGCAAUGGGUCAAUGGUUGGAUUCAAUGAUAACAGAGGUCUUCUCCAACCUUAACCAUUUUAUCAUCAUAU